AUGCUCAAUCAAGGUCUCGGGAUUUUGGCUCGCAGAGCAAGUUCUCAAACUCGCUAUGGUAACCUUCUCAUUCUGAAUAAUACCUCACUCGCGGUUCAAGAUCGUAGCUUCUUUUUUGGCAAACGUCGUGAACCAAAAUGUGACUUGAAAAAUCAAUCCAUUGUUCAAGCUGAUGGAAGUAGAAAAUCAGCAUGGCUUGGAGAUGAACCACUUCGACAUGAAUGGUUCAGUGGAAUAUUGACUACUUAUACCGGGAUCCGUCGUGGACCAACUGUUGGCGGGAAAGAAAUGUUGGGGAAGAGAGUGAUGAAGAAUGGGAAAUUGGAAUGGGAAUGGAUUACAUAUGAUCAAGCAUUUGAAAUAUCUGAUAAUGUAUCUCAAGCUAUCAGAAAGUUGGGAAUUGAUACUGGCGAUGAAACAAACAUUGGUAUUUAUUCGAAGAAUAGACCAGAGUGGAUACUAUCGGAUAUGGCAAUUCACAACUUCAGCAAUGUUUCUGUUCCGCUUUACGAUACCAUAACAAAUGAUGAUAUGCAUUACAUAACCAAUCUCUGUGAAAUCUCUUUGAUUUUUGCUGAUAGUGAAGAUAAAACUACUCAACUCGUCAGAGAUAAAAGCUACUUGUCAAAUUUGAAAUACAUUGUACAAUUUGACAAUGUGUCUGAUGAGAUGAAGAGAGUGGCGGAGAAGAAUAACUUCCAGUUAUGGAGUUUCAAUGAGUUUGUUGAAAUGGGAAAAAAACAAAAGCAUCGUCCACAUGUUCCACCAACACCUGAAACAUUGGCAACAAUUUCAUUCACUUCUGGAACAACUGGACGUCCUAAAGGAGUUAUGCUGACCCAUUUAAACUUGUGCUCCACAACAAUGGCAUUUGAAGAAUUCGAGCAUGUCGAAGGAGAACAGGAUUCGUAUCUAUCUUAUCUUCCGUUGGCUCAUAUGUACGAAAGACACUGUACUCUAGAGCACACUUUAAAAUCGGAUCGAAAAUUGGGUUUUCUCGAGGUGAUCCAGAUCUUUUAGUGGAAGACAUUCAGGCACUGGGUCCACGUACAUUUGCUACCGUUCCCCGCGUUUUAGACAAGAUUUAUAAGUCUGUAAUGAAGCAAAUACAAAAUAAACCUGUGAAAAAGAUGAUUCUAAACUCUGCCAUUGCAUACAAAUUGUAUCAUUACAAAAUAACCGGAAAAGCUACUCGGGAUACUUUGGUGGACAAGUAUAUUCUGCACAAGAUUCAAAUGAUGCUCGGUCCUAACAUCAAGCAAUUUCUGAUAGCGGCUGCAAAAACAGAUAAAUCAUUGUUGAAAUUUGCUCGUGGAGCUUUUGGGAUUGAAGUUCUUGAGUUAUAUGGACAAACUGAAACCGCUUUCAACUAUUCUAACUUUCACUAACUUUCAACUAUGAAAACCAUCUUGCAUCUUAUGCCAAAGUCAAGCAUAACAUCGAAGGGAAAACCUAUGACGAGCUGUGCAAAAUUCCAAUACUCGCUGAAGAUGUGCUGCGCCAUUUAGUCGAUCUUACCAAAGAGCAAAAACGUCCAAGAUAUGAAGGGGUCUAUGCUGUUCAUUUGAAUGAAAUCGAUGAGAUGUUUGGGAAGAUUGAGGCAAGAGAACUUGCACAAUGAUA